AUAUAAAAAAAUUAUAGAAAAAAUAAUCUUUAAAUCAUUGUUUUAAUGGAAUGCACCGGGUUGUUCGUCUUCAACCUGUGUCUAUAAAAUACGAUACGGUGACAAUUCUUCCUCAAUGGGGUUCUUCGGCACAGAACGGCUGACCUUGACGUCGACAGACAUUUUCGACAAGUUCCUAUUCGGAUGUGGCGAAAACAACACAGGGCUUUUUAGGGGCGUAGCCGGGUUACUUGGGCUGGGCCGUGAUAAACUAUCCUUCCCAUCACAAACAGCCCAGAAAUACAACAAGGUUUUCUCCUAUUGCUUGCCAUCCUCCGCCAGCUCCACCGGUUAUCUCUCCUUCGGCAACAGCGGCAUCUCAAAUUCCGUGAAAUUCACUCCUUUAGUCACUCUCUCUGGGGGUCCAUCAUUCUACGGUCUCGGCAUCACUGGAAUUAGCGUCGGCGGUAAGAGAUUGUCUAUCUCCGCGUCGGUGUUCAUCACGGCAGGCACAAUCAUCGACUCCGGAACCGUCAUCACCCGCCUCCCACCCACGGCGUACUCCGCUCUCAGAACCGCUUUCCGUCAAGGAAUGUCCAAGUACCCAAUGGGGAAGGAAUUUCAGAUCCUCGACACGUGUUACGACCUUAGCAGUUACAAUUCCGUCAGCAUACCCAAUAUAAGCAUUUCCUUCAGUGGCGAGAUUGAGGUGGAGAUAGCACCAGCCGGAAUCUUGUACGUCAUCAGCAGGUCACAAGUAUGCCUGGCAUUCGCCGGAAACAAUGUUGACUCGAAAGUGGGUAUUUUAGGAAACGUGCAACAGAAAACAUUGCAAGUGGUGUACGAUGGCCCCAAUGAAAGGGUGGGGUUCGCGGCCGGCGGAUGUAGCUGAGGAAAUUCCGAUAAACGAAGAGAAUCUUCGAGUUAGUGCCCUUGCAUCUUGAUAAUAAUAACAAAAAACUGCUUUGGAUCAAAGUUGUGAUGUAUAUGAAUAAGAUCUGCUUGGUUUC